AUGUCGCAGCACCAAGAUAACGAGGACCUCCUGCCCACCCAGACAGAGGGGUACAAGGUCGGUGAGAAGAAGACUCUUGAGGAGUACCAGACCCUGGACGCCAAUGACGAGUCGCUCAACAAGUGGAAGGCGUCGCUGGGCCUCAACGCCUCCGGUGCGGCUGCGCCGUCGGACGACCCGCGCAAGGUCGUGGUGCUUGCGCUUAUCCUGAAGGUUGACGGCCGCGACGACGUGGUAAUGGACCUGUCGUCGGCGGCGGCUGUCGAGGCACUGUCGAAGCGCACUAUUGUGAUCAAGGAGGGCGUCGUGUACAGUCUGACGAUCCGCUUCAAGAUCCAGCACGAUGUGGUGUCCGGGCUCAAGUUCCUGCAGGUGGUGAAGCGCAAGGGCAUUCGGGUUGACCGCAGCGAGGAGAUGCUGGGCAGCUACGGCCCGAAUGUGGAGCCGUACGAGAAGCAGUUCCCGCCCGACGAGGCGCCGUCGGGCAUGCUGGCGCGCGGCAGCUAUGCAGUCAAGGGCAAGUUUGUCGACGACGACAACAACGUGCACCUGGAGUGGGACUGGAACAUGGAUAUCAAGAAGGCGUGGGAGUAA